CUUGUGUAGCACAAAUAGUACCAGUAGUGGCAGUCACCAAGGGCAUUCUAAGAGUUAGGAAAUGGAGAGCUCCACAUGCGUCGGUCUCGCGUUUCUCCCCAUGAAGUUGUUACAAUCCAACGUGAGCCACCGCUCUGCCCCAGCACUCGUCGGCGGCGGCGGUUGUGUGGCGUCCAAACGGAUGCUGCUGGUUCUACCACUUCCAGGUUCUUUACAGAGCCAGUGAUGGGCACGUGGUUGCACUCGGACCACCGGUGCCAGCGUUCCCAUCACCAAUCGUCGUACGCCACAACCACAGCAACACAGGGACGAAGAGAGGGAUCGGGGGAGCAGAAAUCUCUCAAAUUUUGACCCAUCCAUUUGGGGAGAUUUCUUCCUUACCUAUUCCAGUCCUUUGGCUUGCUCCAACCAACAGCAGACAAGGAUGAUAGAACGAGCAGACCAACUGAAGAAAGAAGUGUCGAAAACGAUAGCAGCUUCAAGUAAUUGUAGCCUGUAUGAAAGGAUGCAUCUCAUUGAAGUUUUGGAACAUCUCUGCCUGGAUCAUCUUUUCGAACAGGAGAUUAAUGCCGUACUAACUCAAAUUAGCUAUGCUGAUGUUGGUGGCUGUGAUCUCCAAACGGUGGCUCUGUGGUUCUAUCUUCUCCGGAAACAUGGAUACGGGGUUUCACCAGACGUGCUUGCGAAAUUCAGUGAUGAACAGGGGAGUUUUGCAGCAAAAAAUCCAAAAGAUCUACUGAACCUUUAUAAUGCUGCGUACCUGAGGACCAGUGGAGAGCUAAUACUUGAUGAGGCUAUUUGCUUCACCAAAAGGUGUUUAGAAUCAAUAGUACCCCACAUGGAAGGGCCAUUAGCUCGUGAAAUGAAGUGUGCACUUGAGAUCCCAAUCCCUCGAAGGGUACGAAUAUAUGAAGCCAAGUAUUAUAUAUCUACGUAUGGAAAAGAGACUAAAGGAGAUGAAGUAAUCAUGGAACUAGCGAAGUUGAACUUUAAUCUCAUGCAGCUCCAACAUAAUAAAGAGGUCAAAAUUGUUACGAGGUGGUGGAACGGUCUAGAACUUCAAUCAAGACUAUCCUUUGCUAGAGAUAGAGUUGUGGAGUGUUAUUUUUGGAUAGUAGGGGUAUAUUUUGAACCAAGUUUCUCGCGAGGUCGAAUAAUAUUGACAAAGGUUCUUGCGAUUGUGUCCAUCUUGGACGAUACUUAUGAUGUGUAUGGAACUUCACAAGAAUGUGAGUUAUUUACCAAAUGUGUCGAAAGCUGGGACCCUAAGGUAGCUCAUGAUCUCCCGGAGAACAUGAAGUUCAUUUUCAGAAAAGUUUUGGAUACAUUUCUAAGCAUUGAGAAUGAGCUAGCACCGGAGGAGAAAUAUCGCAUGUCCUACCUGAAGAAUUUUAUUGUAGAUCUAGUUAGAGCUUACAACAAGGAGGUAAAAUGGCGUGAAGAAGGGUAUAUCCCAGCAACCGUUAAGGAACACUUGGAGGUUUCAGCAAGAAGCGGUGCUUGUCACCUAUUGUCGUGCGCAUCGUUCGUUGGAAUGGGAGAUAUAGCCACAAAAGAAACUUUUGAUUGGGUACAAAGUAUGCCUAAAAUAGUCAAGGCACUCUGCAUUAUCCUGAGACUUUCCGAUGAUCUGAAAUCAUAUGAGCGAGAGAAAAUGACCUCGCAUGUUGCUUCAACAAUUGACAGCUGCAUGAAAGAGCACAAAGUCCCAGUUCAAGUGGCACGUGAGAAGAUACAAGACAUGAUAGAGGAAACAUGGAAAGAUUUUAACGAGGAAUGGUUGAACCCUAACAAUCGCCCACCGAGGCAGUUACUCGAGAGAAUAUUCAACCUGACAAGGACAAUGGAGUUCAUGUACAAGCGAGAUGACGCUUAUACAAACUGUCACGCCAUCAAAGACACCAUAAAUUCUUUGUUUGUUGAGCCUAUUUCGAUGGUUUAGCCACUUAGAGUUUACAUGUAUAUUUGAAGCUUCUGUUUCGACGAUGCUGACUGGCCUGGUAUCAGCGUGUAUUGAAUGGGGUGCAUGUUCA